AGGAGCUGUGAGCCAGAGCAGCCAGAGCAGCCAGAGCAGCCAGAGCAGCCAGCAGCCGACCGCGCAGCAAAGCGGAAAGCCAGACUACCAGAGCGCACAGAGUGGCAGUAGCAGCAGCUUUAGGCUACCCAGGCAGCCCAGCUUGUCCGGGCAGCCUCACUAGCCUCAAAACCAGCCUCCACCACCAACAGCUUCUCCGCGGACUGCGAGCUGUGGCGGUACAUCCCGCUACAGCAAUCGCAGUCUCCGUGGAGUAGGCGGAAGCCUUUUUUUUCUCCUUUUUCGUUCCCCCCCCUUCAUUCUACUCAAGAGGAGUCUUAAUAGUAGUAUACCGUGGGCUGAAAAACCGUACCCCUAGUAUCUAGACUGGUAUGGACUUGUUGUUCGGGACGUAUAUAUUUGCGGUCCUGUUAGCAUGCGUCGUGUUUCAGUCUGGCGCCCAGGAGAAGAAUUAUACGGUUCGAGAAGAAAUGCCAGAGAACGUCCUGAUAGGCGAUUUGUUGAAAGACCUCAACUUGUCGCUUAUACCCGACAAGUCCUUAACCACUCCAAUGCAGUUCAAAUUGGUUUACAAAACCGGGGAUGUACCACUUAUUCGGAUUGAAGAAGGUACCGGUGAGAUCUUCACUACUGGCGCUCGCAUUGAUCGUGAGAAAUUAUGUGCUGGAAUCGUGCUGGAUGCCCGUUGCUUUUAUGAAGUGGAGGUUGCUGUUUUGCCGGAUGAAAUUUUUAGAUUGGUUAAGAUACGCUUUCUGAUAGAAGAUAUAAAUGAUAAUGCACCGUUAUUCCCGGCAACUGUCAUCAACAUAUCAAUUCCAGAAAACUCGGCUAUAAACUCUCGGUAUUCUCUUCCGGCAGCCAUUGAUCCUGACAUCGGAAUAAAUGGAGUCCAAAACUACCAACUAAUUAAGAGUCAAAAUAUUUUUGGUCUUGAUGUCAUUGAAACACCAGAAGGAGACAAGAUGCCACAACUGAUUGUUCAAAAGGAGUUAGACAGAGAAGAGAAGGAUACCUAUGUGAUGAAAGUAAAAGUUGAAGAUGGUGGCUCUCCUCAAAGAUCUAGUACAGCUAUCUUGCAAGUAAGUGUUGCUGAUACAAAUGACAACGGCCCAGUCUUCGUAGAGAAGGAAAUAGAAGUCAGUAUACCAGAAAAUGCUCCUAUAGGUUCCUCAGUGACACAACUUCAUGCCACAGAUGCUGACAUAGGUGAAAAUGCCAGAAUUCACUUUUAUUUCAGCAAUCUAGUCUCCAACAUCGCUAAAAGACUGUUUCACCUUAAUGCUACCACUGGACUUAUCACUGUUAAAGAACCACUGGAUAGGGAAGAAUCACCAAGCCACAAGCUACUGGUUUUGGCAACUGAUGGUGGAUCAACACCAGCAAGAGCUAUGGUGCUUGUAAAUGUAACAGAUAUCAAUGAUAAUGUCCCAUCAAUUGACAUAAGAUAUAUUGUCAAUCCAACCAAUGGCACUGUGCUUCUUUCAGAGAAUGCUCCACUUAACACGAAAAUUGCUCUCAUAACUGUGAUGGAUAAAGAUUCUGAACAUAAUGGUAGGGUGACAUGCUUCACAGAUCAUGAAAUUCCUUUCAGAUUACGGCCAGUAUUCAGUAAUCAGUUCCUUUUGGAAACCGCUGCAUUUCUUGACUUUGAGUCCACACGAGAAUACGCCAUCAAAUUACUGGCUGCUGAUGCUGGAAAACCUCCUCUGAAUCAGUCAUCCAUGCUCCUGAUCAAAGUAAAAGAUGAAAAUGACAAUGCCCCAGUUUUCACCCAGUCUUUCAUAAGCCUUUCUGUUCCAGAGAAUAACUCUCCUGGUGCACAGUUGACAAAGAUCAGUGCAACAGAUGCAGACACUGGAAGCAAUGCUGAAAUAAACUACCUGCUAGGUUUUGAUGCACCACCUGAGUUUGACCUGGAUCGUCGUACAGGCAUCCUGACUGCAGUGAAGAAACUAGAUAGAGAAAAUCAGGAAAAAUAUUACUUUACAGUCCUAGCACAGGACAAUGGAAUUCCACCCUUAAUGUCAAAUGCCACAGUCUUUGUGACUGUUCUUGACCAGAAUGAUAACAGCCCACUUUUCACUCACAAUGAAUACAACUUCUAUGUCCCUGAGAAUCUUCCAAAACAUGGCACAGUAGGGCUCAUCACUGUCACUGAUCUUGAUUAUGGAGAGAAUUCUGCAGUUACUCUCUCCAUCGUAGAUAUGAAGGAUCAAUUCACUAUUGAUCCACAGACUGGUGUCAUCCGGCCAAACAUUUCAUUUGACAGAGAACAACAAGAAUCCUACACAUUCUAUGUAAAGGCAGAGGAUGGUGGCAGGGUAUCACGUACUUCAACUGCUAAAGUAACCAUAAAUGUAGUUGAUGUCAAUGAUAACAAACCAAUUUUUAUCGAUCCUCCUUCCAAUUACUCCUUUGAAUGGGUUCCACCAUCCACAACUCCUGGUACAGUCAUCUUCAAGGUUGUUGCAAUCGACGAUGAUAUUGGCAUGAAUGCUGAGAUCCGUUACAGCAUUGUUGGAGGGAACACCAAAGGACUGUUUAUGAUAGAACAAGUAUCAGGCAACAUCACAUUGAAAGAGAAAUGUCUUUUUCCAGAUCUUGGUUUACACAAAGUGAUAGUCAAAGCUAUGGAUUUAGGACAACCUGAUUCUCUCUUCAAUGUUAUAAAUGUCAAUAUAUUUGUGAAUGAGUCAGUGCCUAAUGCUACACUGAUUUAUGAACUGGUGCGCAAAAGCAUCGACUCACCUGCAACCCAAAGCCCUGAAACAACUAACUCAUCCACACCAACAACUGACUAUGUCAAGAUCGUGGUUGCCAUUGUUGCUGGCACCAUAACUGUUGUCUUAGUGAUUUUCAUCACUGCAGUAGUAAGAUGUCGCCAGUCACCACACCUUAAGGCUUCUCAGAAAAACAAACAAAAUUCUGAGUGGGUUACACCAAACCCAGAAAACAGGCAAAUGAUUAUGAUGAAGAAGAAGAAGAAGAAAAAGAAGAAGAAUGUACCCCAAAACCUGCUACUUAAUUUUGUUACUAUUGAAGAAGCAAAGUCUGAUGAUGCCGACAAUGAUAGACACAGUGUCACACUAGACCUUCCCAUUGAGCUGGAAGAGCAAACGAUGGGAAAAUACCACUGGAGUACUACUACUUUCAAACCUGACAGCCCUGAUUUGGCUAGACACUACAAAUCUGCCUCUCCUCAACCUGCAUUCCAGAUCCAGCCGGAAACGCCCUUGAACUCCAAGCACCACAUCAUUCAGGAACUGCCUCUUGAUAAUACUUUCGUAGGCUGUGAUUCCAUCUCCAAGUGCUCCUCCAGCAGUUCUGAUCCCUACAGUGUUUCUGAGUGCAGCUAUUCGGUGACAACCUUCAAGACCCCUGUGUCUGUACAUGCGAGAAUGACAAUGAAGGAGGUGGUACGAUCUUGCACCCCUAUGAAAGAGGUGACAACUGUGGAAAUCUGGACUCAUCCUCAUCCACAGCGGAGAUCUGAAGGGAAAAAGGCAGGAAAGUCCCAGCGACGUGUCACAUUUCAUCUACCAGAAGGCUCUCAGGAAAGUAUCAGUGAUGGUGGAAUGGGAGACCAUGAUGCAGGCCGCCUUCCUAGCACAUCCCGCGCCCUGCCUCUUGGCUACCCUCAGGAGGAGUACUUUGAUCAUGUGGCACCAAACAACCGCACUGAAGGGGAUGGCAACUCUGAUCCUGAAUCUACUUUCAUUCCUGGACUAAAGAAAGCUGCAGAAAUAACAGUGCAGCCAACCGUGGAAGAAGCUUCUGACAACUGUACUCAAGAAUGCCUCAUUUUGGGCCACUCUGACUCCUGCUGGAUGCCAGCUGCUCUCAGCCAUCCCAGCCCUCCACAGAUACAGAUCACUGCUCUCUGCCACAGCCCACCCAGGACACACACAUCUGUUCGUCGCUGCAGCCCUCCAGUGACACAGACCAUCGCUCUCUGCCACAGCCCCCCUGUGACCCAGGCUAUUGCACUGUGCCACAGCCCUCCACCAGUACAGGCAUCUUCUCUCCAACACAGUCCUCCUUUAUCACCACCAGCACAGGCCUCUAUAGUCUGCUACAGCCCACCUCUGGCACAGGCUGUGGUCAUUCACCGAAGUCCCCCUCUGCCACAGGCUGCUACACUCCAUCGCAAACAGGCCCAAACAACAAAGAGUUUGCAGCAAGGAUGGGUGCAGGGUGCUGGUGUUGAUGAACUGCAUCCCAUCGAUCAGGGAGUACAGGGUAGUUCAAGAGCUCAGUUUUACACCAUUGAAAGAGUUCAUUCUGACGAUGACUCAAUUAAAGUAAUUCCACUGACCACCUUUACUUCAGGUAAAAAGGCCAGGUCCUCAAGGGGUGAUUCUCCUGUCAUAGAAGAGCAUCCCUUGUAAAGCUUAUCUGGACAUUGCACAUUUUCAAAAAGAUGUACAUAUAUAUUCAAAGACUAACAUUCAAUUUUACCGAAUAUUCCAAAAUGAGAGGUUUGUAAAUAGCUCUGUAAAUAGAACAGAUACCAGAAUAAAAAUAUAGCUAGACCCUUAGUCAAAAAAUUAUGAAACUAAAAUUAAGAUUUGUUUGAUUUGGACUGUGAAUUUUCAAAAGAAGUAAUUUAAAAAUUUAUAUCCUAUGUACAGAAAGGCUUAUCAUGACAGAUAUUAAUAUCUAGUGUGCAAUAUUUCUGAUGUACUUUAAUGAAUUUUUAUUUUUUACCAUAAUGUGCAAUAUUACUGAUUUCUUCCAUUCUGAUUUUUGUGGACUAAAAAUUUACUUAUUGGUAAAUAGGCAAAGAUAUGAUUUUAUAAGGUCACUUUAUCUAAUCUUUUUUCUGAUAAAAUUAGAUGGCAUAAUUUCUACAGCAUUUUUGUUUGAUUUAUCUUCAUUGUCUCUGGUUUCUUAUUGUCCAUAUUUCUAUCUUUAAAAAUGUACAGUAGGUGGUGUAAAUAAGAUCUUUUACAGUUUUGUCUCUAUUCCUGUUUUUUUAUGUUUUCUACCUUUAUUUCAAGAAUAUAUUGUUGUAAUUUGUAUAUACAUUUUUUUCAAAAGAACAUAUAUAAACUGUAUAGACCUAGGUUUCAACCUAUUUCUCUACUCUUUAGUAGAGUUCGAGACACUGAAGUGCAAUAGCUAUGCCCAUAUUAGGCAACAGUUAGCCAGACUGGGCCUGUGCUUUUUUAUAUUAAUAUAUUUUAUAGUGUGGUGUAAAGUACAUCAGAAAUACCAUUUUGUCUGUCAUGGUAAGCCUAUAUCCCAGUACAAAUUGUGUAUCUAUCUUCUGAAAUUUGUAUAUAAAAAUCACAAGGAAGGUAGAUAUACUCAGUGCAUUAUUAGCUUAAAGCUAUUAAUGCAAUGUGCUAUUUUCUAAAGAUGAUUGGGGUGAUUUAAAUAUUGAUUUGACAGCUUAAUGGCUGUUAUUGAAAAAUGCUCAGUACAAAGACCAAACAAAUAAAAUUGUACAUAAAACCCCAUACUAACUACAGAAGACUAAGGGAUUUUUAUCAGUCUAGCUCAAUUUACUGAAGAAAACUACUGAAAACAAGACGACAUUCAGGAAAGGACUUUUCAAGAGACUUAAUUCUAAACCUACCAAUUAUAUUACAGCACAGAAUUUCAGGCAGAUUUGCAGAGGGAGAAAUAAGGUUCAUGACUGCUUCUUGGGGUGGAUAUGAAAUACCCCACUAACACACACUGAACAACAAAAUCUCACAUAUGAGACAAAUACAUUAUAAGCAAGAGUACAACAGUAUCUGUAGGAAACAUUAGUUUCCUUUUGUUGCCUACACUUUAGUUUCUGUUUUUGUCUACUUACCUGGCCGUUAUAAAUGUGUGCACAUUUCACAAAUUUACAAAACAUCACAAACUUAAUUUCUCCCCAUAACAAAAUCAAGAAAGUGUAUUGUUUCAGUAUCAUAAUAAACAAAGAAUCAAUUAAUGUUUGGGUUGGGGGGUACUGAAUAUUUCCUGUUGAUUAAAUUAGAUGUAGACUUUGUAAUGUGUAACUUGGCAAAAUGUAAUUUAUGAUUAAGCUGUGUGUAAAUGUUGUAUUAUAACUGUGGUUAAAUGUAUUAUUUCAUUAGUAAAAUUUUCCAUUGAAUUUUGAUAAAAGUUUUCAUUCGUGUGCCAGGCAGGUUAAGUAGUGUUUUGAGAAUAUAUUGUUCCUCUUGUGAAGUUCCUUAGAUUGUAUAUGAUUUGAUGUAUAGAUUAUCUCCUUAACAUUUAACAAAAGUCUAACUAGUGAAAUUUCAAAUUAAUUAGUAAUAUAGUGUUUUCCUUCUUUGUAUUUGUUAGUGUUUCCAGGGAUUUUUAAGCAUACUGGUUUUUCCAGAUGCACAAAACCCUCAAAAGAUUGAUGGUGUUUGAAACUUUACUGAAAUAAGAUCAUGUAUAUGUAUUGAUAUUGUUGUUGCUAUUGUUGUUGUUAAUAAAGAUUCUUAACCUGGGGAAGAUAAAGAAACCCAGAAUGACAAAAUCAGUGCUUCCAGUAGAGUUAGACUGCUGUUUUUCCUCUCAAUACACACAUGCUAAAACAAGAAAAGAAAAAAAAACCCAAACCACAAUUAUGUGAGUGAGAAAUUUUAAGUAUUUAUAAAUUUUCUUUCCAUAACUAGUACAUUUACAUUCAUACACAUGUACACAAAUUUGAAAGAAAAUAAAAAACUAGGUAAAUUUUACUAAAUAAUACAUCAGAAAUCUGAAUGUUAUUUGGAUAAUGGGACUGAGAAAUCUGAAUGAGACUUACUGAGUUACUAUGGAAGCUCUUAUAUCCUUGUGUAUAACAAUUGGUGAAGUGUUGAUACCUUUCCUAAAACUAUAGGAAUGAACAGAUAUGCUUUUGUUGCCCUUUCUAAAUCUGGUUUUAUAAUCAGAUUUAGACAGUGUUUAGGAAAUUAAAUGACUGGGCACUCUCUUCGGGUCUUAUACCAGAGAGAAACUGAAUGGAAGCAGGCUGGGAUAGCCAAAGAGGCAAGGGGUGUGAGCCCAGUUAUUCUCCCCUUUGCAUUCUCUUUCUUAGCUUCCACUAGGUAUAGCCUUGGAAACCUGGAAUUUCCAUGGCUUUUGAUUUGAUGAGAUUAUUCUCAUUACAUUACAAAUUAUUUGAAUGGAUGGGUAGAGCUAUAGACUGACAAAGCUGACAAGUGGUUCUUUUGAAAAGCAACAUAUGUCAUCAAAGAACUGCAAAAUGUCUAAGUUUACCUUCAGUCAAAAAAAUGUUUCCCUCAAAAAAAAGAAAAAACAACAUUUGAUUUUUUUUAACCUAGACAGUGAUUUUGUAUUUUCCGAAUAUGUAAGCCAGACUGGUUAUUCUAUAUUGUGGCCAUAUUCAGUAAAAAAGUGACUAUUAAUUUUCUAGCUAUAGCUUUAAUAUACACACUUGUAACUGUAUUCAAACACUAUGGUAUUUCAUGUGCUAAAUACAUACACAUUCAUUUCUCAAACUUUAUCUCCAAUUUUUAACUAAUAUUGUGUCCGUGUAUUAAAACUAACCUUACAUAUGAUACCAACAAUGUAAACAAUUUAGAGAGUACAUUUUAUGUAGUCUCAUAUAGUAAUUUAACAUUUUAUUUUUAGUUAUGCAAAUUUGGUUGGGAAAAUAUUGUCAAAUGACAGUGCUAUUGUGCAAUAGUGACAGUAUGAAGAGAUUCUGCCUUCUCAAACUAAUGUUUGUCACACAUUUUGCAUUAAAGUGGUAAAAUAUUAGACUAAAUAGAUAAUAAAUUGGGCAGUCUUUAAAAUACAAUCAUAUCACAUUCAAAAAGGUCACUUUCAUUCCUGAAUAAACUAAAUAACAUUACCCCUACACAUAUACUUAAACAGUUUUCUUUAAUUAUUUCAUUAAAGCUGUAUAUGGAUAUAUCUAAUAUACAUUUAUGGAAGAAUAAUGAUUUGUAAUUCAUUGUUGUUAUACUUUGUGGGUUUUUUCAUUUUUUUUGUAAGACAAACCUUAGUUACAUUGAAGUGAUAGUUUUAUCACAAAUGUUGGAUACUAUUUUGCUAUUCCAAAUGGCCCAAUUGACCUGGAUACUAUAGGAGUAGAGGAGCUGACUAUAUUUGGACAGAGACCGUUUUUAUAUCAUGUGCCAAUUACCACACUAGAGAAUCUUAUGCAGUGACUUUAAAAUAUUCAUCCACGGUAUCUUUCUUACACCAAUGUUUCACCACCCAUGUGCUUUUCAUAAAUAUGAUUGUUAAUAGUACUGCAAGUUUACAAUAGUAUGAAUACAGAAGAAAAGGCUGCUCAUAAAAAUGUGUGUAUUCAAAUAAAAAGAAAGAAGGCAACUGUUUUGUGAUUGUAUAUGCUAAUUUUAGGAAUAAAAUUUGUGAAACUUAUGCUGUCCCUGCUUAAAAUAUUUGAAUUUUAUCAACUAUGUGUUUAUGUUUGUAUUUGGGGAAAACUCCUUUGUGACAUCAUACAGCUUUUGAAAGUGACAAGUAUCCCAAAGUAUGGGAUGCCUUGGAAGUGAAAGAUUGCAUACUUUUUGGACCAGUAUGGCAGUAUGUAGUCCAGUGAUUACUGUGUAUUAAUUGCUCUAUUUCAGGUUCUGUAUUGCAUGUUUUCUUAUUCAUAAAUAUAGAUAUUAAUAAAGUAGUUAUAUGAAAUAA